GCUCGUAACGGCAGAAACGUGUAUGGCGAAGUGCGGUCGACUCGUCGAUGCGCAGCUGUCCGCGCCGCGCUUGUCAAUUUUAAGUUUUCCGAAUCGCGUGUGUAAAUAAACAAAUUAUUUUACUUUUCAUUGCGGAUAAUAUAAUGAAGUGAUACAAAUGUUUGUUUAAAACCGUGUUUACUAACAGUGGAGCGUUUGAAUAAAACCGUAACCGCUUCUCGCAAUGACAAGGGAGAGCACUCGGUUACCUUUUAAGAAACCCGGAGGCAUUACAAUGUUUCAUGUGGCCUAAUUGAUGCCUCGUAUUUGCUGAUAAGUGUAUACGUUGAUUUCAAGGACUAUUGUGAAUCGUUCGGAAGUAUUACAAUCUUUGUUUCGAGUUUUCGCCUCGGUCGUCAGUCGUCAAGAGUACACGUUGAAAAUGAGUGUUAUAAGUGGUUUGAGUAAAGCUGAUUUCAAGACGGCGAGUGAUGGGCUGCUCGAGCUCUCCGAGGAGAAGCUCCGCAGUAUCAUGCGCACGGAGCCGAUCACAGACGUCUACCACGUGGAACAGACUCCCUUUGCAAGGGGCAAGUUCGCAUCAGUCCGCAAAAUCCGGCACCUGGUCUCCGGCGAGGAGUACGCAGCCAAGUUCAUCCGCAAACGGAGGCGCGCCGCCGACAGCUCCAGGGAGAUACAACAUGAGGUGGCUGUCCUAGCGUUGUGCGCGGGCUGCACGCGCGUCGUUAGCAUACAUGAGGUCUACGAGACCCGUUCCGAAGUGGCCAUAGUCCUGGAGCUAUGCGCAGGCGGCGAGCUCCAGCGUCUCCUAGAUGAGGAGGAGCGUCUGUCCGAAGGCGCCGCGCGCCGGGCGCUCCGCCACGUUCUGGAAGGCCUGGCACAUCUACACGCACGUCGCAUCGCACACUUGGACUUGAAACCACAGAACCUGCUCCUCACUGGAGGGGGAGAAGAGCUACUUAUUUGCGACUUUGGAAUCAGUCGGGCUAUACAGCCCGGAGCGCAUGUUAGAGAGAUUUUAGGCACGAGGGAUUAUGUUGCACCAGAAAUCCUCUCGUACGAGCCGCUGUCCCUAGCCGCCGACAUGUGGUCGGUGGGCGUGCUGGCCUACGUUCUCGUCAGCGGCUACUCGCCGUUCGCGGGCGAGACCAAGCAGGAGACCUAUCUAAACAUCGCGCAGUGCCAGCUCAGCUUCCCAAGGGACCUGUUCAGAGGAGUCUCGCAGAGGGCCAUGCAGUUCAUCAGGGACACACUUGUCGUGGAUCCUAAGGGUCGUCUUACAGUGGUAGAGUGCCUGGAGCACCCCUGGCUCAAAGACGACGCCGACAUCCCGCGCGCCAUCGUCGGGCUGGGCUUCGACACGGCCGCCAGCGACGCGGACUCGGACGACACACAGGAGAAUGGGGUUAAUGGGGUCAACGGGGUUAAUGGACACAACGGCAUGAAUGGACACAGCAACGGGACUAAUGGGACGAACGGGACACAUGAUGAGGAAAAAGAGCGGCCAGUGUCGCCUGCGGCGGAAGAGCGCUUGCCGCCGCUGAAGCAUGCGCACGCGCGCGACCCGGCGCCGCCCUUCCCCGACGCCCCGUCCACGCCCAAGGUGAGGAUCUUGGUAUCCCGCAAAUCGCUGCCAUCCCCCCCAUCCGUGCUAGCGCUGUGCAAGAAGUUCCAGCCGGACUACGAGAAGCCGGCAGCGCGCUCGUGCGAGUGCGGCGCGUGCUGCCCGUGCGCGCCCGCCUCGUGCCCCGCGCCCUGCCUGCGCCUGCGCAUCCCCCCGGCGCGCUCCACGCAGGAUCGCGCGCUCAUCUGCUAGCGACUGCUCAGCGCU